GCACUGUGCACGUUGUGGUCUGCAAGUGCGAACGAGAAGCAAGACAAGGACCCGAGUUUUGUUUGAGUCCGAGCACAGAGACUCACAGUCACUGCCACGAGGUGAAAUGGCGGAGAGACGUGUUCAGCGGGUUCGGGAAACCUUCACGUGCGUGGUCUGUCUGGACCUCCUGAAGGAUCCGGUGUCUACUCUCUGUGGACACAGCUACUGCUUGGUCUGUCUCAAACGCCACUGGGAUGGAGAGGAUGGGAUGAAAAUCUACAGCUGUCCUCAGUGUAUGGUGACCUUCACACCGAGGCCUGCUCUCAGGAAAAACACCAUGUUGGCAAAUUUAAUAAAGCACAUGAUGGAGACUGCACUCGAACCUGCUCCUGCUGAUCACUGCUGUGCUGGACCUGAAGAUGUGUCCUGUGCUGUCUGCACAGAGAGCAAACUGAAAACCUACAAGUCCAAUCUGGUGGGUCUGGUCUCUUACUUUGAUCAACACAUUCUGCCUCAUUGUGACGGUGCUGCGUUGGAGAAGCUCAAGCUGGUGGAGCCCUCCAAGAAUCUCCAGGAGAACAUCUGCUCUCGUCACGAUGAGGUGAUGAAGAUGUUCUGCCGUACUGAUCAGCAGUGUAUCUGUUAUCUCUGCUCUGUGGAUGAACAUCGAGACCACGUCACAGUCUCAGCUGCAGCAGAAAGGACUGAGAGGCAGAAAGAGCUCGAGGGGAGUAUCCAGGACAAAGAGAAAGAAGUGAAGCUGUUUCGACGGGAGGUGGAGACCAUCAAUCGCUCGGCUAAUAAAGAAGUGAAAGAAAACAAGAAGAUCUUCACUGAGAAUAUCCGCCUCCUGGAGGAAAGACGCUCAGAAGUGGAGCAGCAGCUCAGAUCGCAGCAGAAAAGUGAAGUGAGUCGAGUCAAAGAGCUUCAGGAGAAGCUGGAGCAGGAGAUCACUGAGCUGAGGAGGAAAGACGCUGAGAUGAAGAAGCUCUCAGACAUAGAGGACCACAACCAGUUUCUCCAAAACUACUACACGCUGUCCCCACUCGGUGUAUCUACAGACUCCCCCAGCUUACCUCUCAGUCAACGGCGCUUCAUUGAGCAUAUGAAAGCGACUGUGUCAGGAGCCAGAGAUAAAAUACACGACACUGUGAGCAGGAUCUGUGCCCGUAUCCCAGCGCCUGAAGUGGAUGUCCCACGGCCAAAUCCACCAUCAGGGCCCCAGACCAGAGCUGAGUUCCUAACAUAUUCACAGGAAAUCAAACUGGAUCCCAACACAGCAAACCCACUUCUGCUGUUAUCUGAGAGGAACCGAAAAGCAACGUUACUCAUAGAGAAGUCGUCUCGUCGUCACCCGGACCGGUUCACCGAGUGUCGGCAGGUCCUGAGCGGAGAGGGUCUGACCGGACGUCGCUACUGGGAGGUGGAGUGGGGGGGGCGAGGCGUUCAGGUGGCGGUGGCGUACAAGACCAUCAGCAGAGCAGUGAGCUUCCGUGAAUGUGCAUUUGGACUGAAUGACAAGUCCUGGGCGCUGGACUGCUACAGAAGAAGUUUCCUGCACAACAAGGUCCAAACCCCCGUCCCGGGUCCUGUGUCCUCCAGACUAGGGGUGUACCUGGAUCACAGCGCAUGUACCCUGUCCUUCUACAGCGUCUCUGGUGACACCAUGACCCUCCUCCACAGAGUCCAGACCCUGUGCACGCAGCCGAUCUACGCUGGAUUUGGGUUUUACUGUUGUGGAUCCACUGCUAAGUUCAGUAAGGUCAAAUAGACAGAAGGCCUUCAACGGACAAUGGGUUCAGUUCUGUUUUGUGAAUUCUUGAACUCAUUUUGUCUCGAUAGAUAGUUAGAUUUCAUUAGUUUUUCUGUAAAUUUUUGCAGGUUUUUUAAUUUUUUAACCCUCUUGUUGUCUUUUUCAAAGUUUCCAUAUCAUAAAUCUGAGUUUCUUUCAACCAAAGUGCCCAAAUAUAACACGAAUGGUUCCAAAAAAAUCCAAACAGAAAGCGUAUAGUGACAAAACUUUGACAUACAAUGCGAUCAUCCACUCCACAUCUUCUGAUUUUCACAAAUAGUCAAAAUAAUUGGUACUUUCUGCUUUUUUAAAAAUCUCAUAAAUACCUUUUUUUGACCAUUGAUUUCCAACAAGAUUGUGUAAAAGUAGUGGUAACAAGUUGGAGUUAAGAUGUAACUCAGAAUUGGGUGAUAUUUUAUAAUUUAUGCUUCAUAAACUGGUAAAGAUGGAGGACAACACGAGGGUUAAGAUGCUCUUCUUCUUCUUUAUUUUCUUUCACAUCGUUGAGAUUUUAAUCAAACAUUGAUUGUGUGAACAGACUGAAUUCAUUUGAUUUUUUUUUAUGAAUACACAAUCACAAAGUAUUUUCUCUUCUUCUCAUUACUCCAGGGUGUUAUAUACUAUGCUGAUAAUUAAAAUUAUACAACAGUGUAGAGACUAGUUCUGGUUCCACUAGGAGCACCAGAGUCCCCGGCUGGACGUUUUCGGGGGACAUGCAGAGGUUUUUUUGGGGCGCGCACCUUGAACUGCAACGUUAUUUUUCCCAUUUUCCCCUAUUGGUUACAGAUAAAUGAGUUGGGAAUAAAUACAGAAUCUAAAAUGUGCUGUUAGGAUUUUAGUUCAGUCCUAUUUUAAAUGAAUGUUGUCUCCACGUCAACCUGCAGCUUUGUUUUUUUCUGGGUUGAAAUGUCAACAUUUUGUUAUUUUUCUCCAAUUUUCUCGACGUUUUUGUCAAUUUUAUUCAAUUUAUUUUGAUUUUUUUUUAAAGCUGCUUUAGUCAAUUUUUUUUAAACAUUUUUUUG